ACUAUUUAAGAAGGCAGUAUUGGUACACAUAAGAUGAGAGUAAAUAUUAAACCUUCAAUGGAAACACUACAAUGAAAAUUUGAAUUUAGAAAAUGUAGCCACACAUACAUAAGGAGGAAUGAAGUAAUGUAACUUAUUUGAACCCCCAGCAAUACUUGAUUAGCCAGUUUAAUCUACAGGGAAACAGUAACUUAAAAAGAUUGACACCUACUGCACACGAACAGAGAUCAGAUACCUGACGGAAGCAAACUAACACAGGAUGAGGAAGAUUUCAGCAAGAAUCACAAGUUGCUGCGUAGCUCUGUUCUUCGCCCUGACUUCUGUGUCGGCUGUACAGAAAAAGCUCAGUUCAAUCAAUGAUUUAAAGAAAAUCGACUAUGGCCAAUCUGUGCCCAAACACAGUCUUGUGCUGCUCUACUGGUUUGCCAACACAGUUGACAUUGAUGAGAACAAUGUCAUAAGGCUGACCUUUGACCCAAAUAGUGGAGAUUAUGGCUCACAUCAUUAUGGCAACUAUGAGGGGCUGCUGGACCCACUGCCUCGAGGAAUUAGAUACAGAUACUACACUAUUGGCAAUCUCAAUCGUGAAACCUCCAUGCCACUUCCACCUUUUGUUGUCCGUCCCCCAACAGGGUAUGUGGGAGGAAACAGGGACAGGAUCAUAAUUCUUGUCAGGGAGCAGAACAUAGUAGGGCAAGCUUUGCAGAUAGAUCAAGUGUAUAUCACACAACAUUAUGAGGGUCCUGAACAUCAGGGGAGACCUUAUGAUCCAACUCAUACCUACCAGAUCACUACUAACCUCCUGAGACAGAUCAGAGAGUUUUCUGUGGGAGCAAACCAACAGCAACUGUUGCAUCUCAGAAACCUCUAUGGAAGUAACACUGAGGUUUCACACAUCAGAAACACAUGGGGUGACCUUGCUUCCCUUAUACUGCUGUUGUAUAUUGUGACCCAGAAACCGUACUCCUUUAACCAACAAAGCUGCAGACUACAAAACUACAGACAAGAAAACAGACAAAAUAAUGGGGGUGAUGUUGCUUUGGCGAUCUGCAUAUUUGUAUUGUUAUUUCUUUUAUUUAUACUUUCUAAUACAUCGGGAAAGUAGAGUUUAGAUUGUCUAAACCAAGGUGUGAUGGUAGUGCUUUUCAAAGACGAUGAGGAGCAUGAAGCCAGCAGGACUUAUAAGUUGAUUAGAAACAAAGAUUCAGGCAGUUCAGCACCGGCACACUGAUCGAUGGCCAGGGGUUGUGCUGUUGAAUGCUUUGUUUUGCCUCCAUGGUUAAUUUUAUUGUGCAUUAUAUUAUCUUUUUAUGAAAUGGUGUUCAUGUAAAAUUGAGAUAAAAAAGACUUGAUAUGACAUGCUUGGGAUGAAAGCCGAAAUACUUCAGGACAUUUGGAGCUUUAAAGCUCCAUUUCCUUAAAUUGUAUUUGAAAUGAGCAAAAGGGCUUUUAUUGUAUAUUAUAGUAGGGAUGCACAGAUACCCUUUGCCAGUAUUGGGUAUUGGUCCCAUACCGUGCGCACGUACUCAUACUUGUAAUCAUAAAAUGACUCCGAUACUCCCACACCCAAUACCAUAUCAUAGCAGCGUAAUAUUAACUUCUCCCUCGAGCAUGUAGGCAGGCGGAAGAGGAGUAAUGCCAGCCAUUUGCAUAUUUUUGGCAGUAAAAAUAACAGAGGCUCUUACCCAAUACAUGAUUGCACUUGGCGACCAGCAAUUGUCAGUCAUUAACACUGGGCUUUGACAUCUCAAAACGUAUUUAUUUCGAAUGGCUUUUAAUACGUAGUAGUGGUGUGACAAUUUCACUCUCCUGUUUCUAUGUAACCUUUUCUGAUUUUACAGUUUUCUGUUUCCUUCUUUUUAUUGUAUGAUAUGUUGUUUUAUUAUUGGUUCCUGAUGUAAAGCACUUCGGAUACCUGCUGGAUGCUGUAAAAUACUAUAUAAAUAAAUGUUGGUUGAUUGAUUUUCAGUGUACUGGAGCCGGGGUAUGAGAAUCCCAGCCUUCACCACCUCGCAGAAAGUGUUUCCAUAGCUGCAUGACUUUGUAAAAAAAAUCAGCAGCCUGUUGCCCAUAAGCUUCACCACUGAUAUUUGUAGUAGCAAUGUCAGCAUUAUGUCUAUCAUCAGCUUAACAGGCAUAAACAUGAAAAAGCAAUACUUCAAUCUGUUCCGGUUUUUUUUGUUUUGUUUUUUACAAACAAGCUAAAACAAAAGCUGUUAGUUGGUAGUCUAACUGUUUAUAUAGUUCGCCACAAGUCUUAAAAUUUGGACAAAAUCUUGUGAACUUAAAUGCUGGCGUAAACAAACCAUCCUCUCCGCUGGAGCUGGUAACAGAUGGCUACUUAAUAUGCAUGUGAAUGACAUCAGGAUUUGCGUUCUUCAUUUUUUCUAAACUUUACUCAGUAUUUUGAUAUCAGGCAUGGUAUGAUUUAUUUUAUUGACACUAGCUCAGGGAAAAUGUCCAGCCCAUGGGAACUAAGCUUUGAUUAGAAAAAAAGGCAUGGUACUUUGAAAACACUGCUUUGUUCUAAUUGACAACAAUAUCAGAGCAGGCCAAAAUCAUCUGUGUGUCUGAAAACCCCCUCAGACCCCAGAGGUAUUAUUACAUAAGUACUCAUAUCGGUACUCGGUAUCGGUGAGUACCCAAAUGUAAGUACUUGUACUUGGGUCUUAAAAAAAGUGGUAUUGGUGCAACACUUUUCUAAUGCUCCAGGCUUCAUUAAUGCAACAAUACCAUGCUGCAGAAUAUAUAAUGUAAUAUUAACUGCCGAUUCAUCCUGUGUCUGAAAUAAAAACAUAAAUAAAAGGCUCUAGAGACUGAUAAGGACUUCACUGAUAAUGUAUAAAUUUUAAAACAAAAAAAGAAAAUACAUUACAUUUACGGUUUUGUAUAAUUUCUGUAGUGUUGGAAACUGUUUAUUAAACUAUAAUUUAUCAA